GUUACAGGUCAGAGUGAACAUAAACACACGAGCUCACACAACUUCUGCUUCACCAUGCCUUCAGAGACUCAUUCAUGAUCACGGCGUACGAUGGAGCCCACGAACUUACAGAAAGCCAUCGCGAUCGCCACCAAAGCCUCCCAGGAGGACGAUGCGGGGAAUUACGAGGAGGCCAUCAAAAACUACAAGCAUGCUGUGAAGUAUUUUCUGCACAUCGUAAAACGUGAGCCUCAGGGGAAAGAUGGAAACCAGAAGAUCCGAGAGAAGUGCACUCAGUACCUGGACCGAGCCGAGAAGCUGCAGGAAUAUCUAGAUGAGAAACAGAAAGCUAUAGAUCUGGCCAGCAAGGCAGCGCAGGAGGACAAGGCGCAGAAUUACGCGGAGGCGCGGAGUCUGUACCAGCAUGCAGUUCAGUACUUCCUACACGUCAUCAAAUAUGAAGCACAGGGGGACAAAGCCAAACAGAGCAUCAGAGCCAAAUGUACGGAGUACCUGGACCGAGCGGAGCAGCUGAAGGAGUACCUGAAGAAGAAGGAGAAGGCUCCGGCGAAACCUGUCAAGGAGUCGCAGUCUGAUGAGAAAGGACAUGACAGCGAUGAAGGAGAAGAUCCAGAGAAGAAGAAAUUCCAGAACCAGCUUUCAGGGGCCAUCGUCAUGGAGAAACCGAACAUCCAGUGGAACGAUGUCGCCGGCCUCGAAGGAGCCAAAGAGGCCCUGAAGGAAGCCGUGAUUCUGCCCAUUAAAUUCCCGCACCUCUUCACAGGUAAGCGCACUCCGUGGAGGGGGAUCCUGCUCUUCGGUCCUCCUGGAACAGGAAAGUCGUACCUGGCCAAGGCUGUAGCCACCGAGGCCAACAACUCCACCUUCUUCUCCAUCUCCUCCUCAGACCUGGUGUCCAAGUGGCUGGGAGAAAGUGAGAAGCUGGUGAAGAAUCUGUUCGAGCUGGCCAGAGAACACAGUCCAUCCAUCAUCUUCAUCGAUGAGAUCGACUCUCUGUGCGGCUCCAGGAGCGAGAACGAGAGCGAGGCGGCUCGCAGGAUCAAGACCGAGUUCCUGGUGCAGAUGCAGGGCGUUGGGAAUGACAACAAGGGAAUCCUGGUGCUUGGAGCCACCAACAUCCCAUGGACACUCGACUCUGCCAUCAGGAGACGAUUUGAGAAGCGAAUCUACAUCCCUCUGCCGGAGGAACACGCCCGUUCCCACAUGUUUAAGCUGCACCUGGGCACCACGCCCAACAGCCUGAAUGAUGGCGACUACGUCACGCUGGGCAAGAAGACCGAGGGUUACUCGGGCGCCGACGUCAGCAUCAUCGUGCGCGACGCUCUCAUGCAGCCCGUCAGGAAAGUGCAAUCCGCUACACACUUCAAACGGGUACGAGGACCGUCCAGAGACGACCCCAAUGUGCUCGUGGAUGACCUCCUGACCCCGUGCUCUCCUGGAGACCCUCAGGCCGUCGAGAUGACGUGGAUGGAGGUUCCUGGAGAUAAACUCCUGGAGCCUGUGGUUUGCAUGGCGGACAUGUUGCGAUCGCUGGCCAACACGAAGCCCACCGUGAACGAGCAGGAUCUGGAGAAGCUGAAGAAAUUCACAGAGGACUUUGGCCAGGAGGGUUGAAGGAGGAACCAAAGCAGCAGGGUCCAGGAUUUGUAAAGUCAUAGUCUCUCUCUUCCUUUUGUUCUCUUCCCCCCCCCCUCCCCCCUUCCUCUUUCUCCCUUGACUUCCUGUUGGACUUGCGAGUGGAAGGACGGCUCCGUUAAGGCCAGUCUGAAGCCUACACGGGAUCGGAUUUACAUUUAUCGUUUCAUUUUCUAAUAUUGAGUUAUUCUGGGUUUUUAAAAGCGUUCAGUUUAUUUGGAUUCACUACGUCACUGCUGGUUAAAUCGUAAAAAUUUCUGUCCAAUAUCGAGCACUAAUUUGAGUUGGGCAUUGGGCUGAUGUUCGGAAUUUUCCCAUCAUGAUAAUCGCCAAACUUUUAUCUCGUGGUUUACAAUAUUAUCAAACGGCUAUCCGCUUGCAAGCACAUAGGACACUAUUUAGGCAGCGUGGAGGUAAUAACCAUGUUGUGCAGGCUGAAUGUCACCAAUAUAUCGCAAUUCUGAGUAUCGGUACGUCCAGGCCUCAAUUUGUAAUGAGCCUUGUUUGGAUUGUAUCAGUUUGUCGGCGGGGUUCCAAUUCUUACAUAGCGAAGCUUUAAAAUCUGGCUGUCGAGCUUCUCUUGAAUUUCAGUUUAAAGAACGAGAUGUCGCAGAGUGGGCAAUGUAGAAAAGUUUAUUUAGCUAGCCGGUUUAACAACCUGCAUCGAACAUUUCGGAUCAAGGUAACAUUUUAACGAUUCUAGGUUUUCCUUUGUCAAAAGCCCUUUAAUGCCGUUUUUUGACAUGCCGUCGUCGACUUCCCCUUACCACUUGGGAGCGCUAUCGCGCAGCUACGUCACAUAGCCGGUUUCCGUAGUGAAAUUGAUUUCAAGAAUGACACAUGGACAGAUUGACCUGAUACCUAGCUAGCUGUCUUGAUAUCUAAUCAGCUGCUUUGUCCAUUUCGCAUGCUAAUUUGUUAACGUUUCGAAAGUUAUCGAUCACGUUAUCGCUUCAGCCGCUUUUUUUGAAAAAGACCUUGCGUCAGACUGUCGUGAUAUCGAGGUAAAUUUUUCCUCCUGAAGUGAACAGUCAUGUUAACGUGAUCCGUCAGGACUUGAAAUGGCUUAUCUGGUGAAAGUGGUGAUAACUAAGACAGCGGGGUGUUGAUCCUAGUCGUAAUAGUUUUCCUUUAUGCUCGCAGAGUGAAGUUGCAAAGUUUCCCCGAUCGCCACUACGUGUAGCCCAGUGCGUUCUCAGCUAGUUAUUUUUGACAUGUUGAAUGUUGCAUUAUGUUAGAAUGCAAUAUUUUUAGCGAUUUUUAGAAUGAAACUGAACAGCGCUACCCAAGGAGAAGAUGUGAGAAGUCGACAAGGGCGUGUGGAACACUGAGAACCGAUGGUGGUUGGCGUUGUGAAGGUCACAUGACUGCGAUAACUUCUGUAAAUGUUUUGUUAUAUAACAGAAUUGGGAUUCUUAGGAGUAUAUAUCACAAGUAGUAUAUCACAUGUAUACCUUUACCUUUUACUUUCUUUGAAAUUGAACAUUUUUGACUAUCAGUUACGGGAUGUGACGCAAAGCCUUUUUUUUUUUUUUUUUCCUUCCCCCCUCCCUCUUGCUACAGCAAACUUGUGCCUUCAAUACUUUUUUUUUCUUUUACUUUACAUAAAAUCAAACCAAAUUUUUGUGCAUCUCCAUAAAUGUUAAUAAACAUUUAUGCACUGCAAAAAAAGAUAUUUGCACAUUUUCACUUCAUUCUCCUGCCCUGUGUGAUUUGUAUCCAGCUACACUCCUGUGCACUUACGGUGUCGGGUUUUAUAUACAACAGACUUUACGUUUUAUCCUUCAUAUCCUUUUUUUUGGUGGUUGUUGUUUAAAUGUGACCGUUUAUAAACCGUUUUUUUUGUUUCUGAGCUUUUCAUGAAGUUUCGGUGUUUCUCAUGUAGCACUUGUUUUUAUCAUACACCUGUAAAUAAAAGCUGAGAUUGAAAAAUGGAGUGGAAAACACUCGUUUAUUAAGGAGUCCUCAUCGGCGGUUUUGUUUGGAUCGGCGGAAGGAGUCUCCAGUGUCGGCGCUUUGUAACGCUGAGGUAAAGUAAUAACAUGAAGGUUUUCAGGACGGAGGAGAAAGGUUGAAGGAACAACAGAAACUAACUUCUCUCAGACGUUCCACAUCAAAUGUCUGUCUGUAAAUGGACAAAGAUAAAAUAAAAUGUUGGCAUGUGUAA